UUUGUAUAGCAUCGAUUUUAUGGAAAAUCCAUACCUUUCGGAGGCGACAAGGAUGUUGUUUACAACAACACAAGCAUGCUCGGAUAUCUGAGCUCGACACAAGCGCUAGCGGAUUAUGCGACUUUGAUCGUCGAUUUGAAGAGGAAUUUAUCGGCGGCGGACUCUCCGGUGGUGGUUUUCGGAGGUUCCUAUGGAGGAAUGCUGGCAGCAUGGUUUAGAUUGAAGUAUCCGCACGUCGCCAUUGGAGCUUUGGCAUCUUCUUCUCCCAUCCUCGGUUUUGAGAAUUUAACACGUCCAUAUAGCUUCAACGACAUCAUCACUCAAGACUUUAAG